AUGGCACGAGAAAGCAGCGCAGGAUUUGAUAGACACAUAACUAUCUUCUCCCCCGAAGGACGACUUUAUCAAGUUGAGUAUGCGUUGAAAGCAAUCAACCAAGGUGGGCUGACAUCUGUAGCACUACGGGGCACAGACGCCGCAGUAGUUGCAGCGCAGCGUAAGGUGCCCGACCGCCUGCUUGAUCCCGCCUCUGUCACUCAUCUGUUUCCGCUUACUAAACGUAUUGGAGCAGUGAUGACGGGCAUGAUUGCGGACAGUCGGUCGCAGGUCCAGCGCGCGCGCUACGAGGCCGCCAACUGGCAGUACAAGUACGGCACCGAAAUACCCGUGCACAUCCUCUGUCGCCGUAUCGCGGACAUCUCACAGGUCUACACACAGAAUGCUGAGAUGCGGCCUCUCGGAUGCAGCAUGAUGUUGGUGGCGUACGACGAGGAGUCCGGGCCGUGCGUGUACAAGACGGACCCGUCCGGCUACUACUGCUCCUACAAGGCGGUGUCUGCCGGCGCCAAGGCCACCGACGCAAACGCCUACUUAGAGAAGAAACUGAAGAAACGUUCCGAGCUGAGCUCCGACGAGGUUGUCCAGCUCGCCAUAUCCUGCCUGUCACAAGUGCUGUCUGUUGACUUCAAAUCGUCAGAGAUCGAAGUCGGCUUAGUCACCAAGGAUGACCCACAGUUCAGAGUGCUGACUGAAAACGAGAUCGACAGGCACCUAACUGCUAUUGCUGAGAAGGAUUAA